AGGAUGCAAUAGCUUCAUUUUCCUGAACCAAAUAUUCAUUACAUUUAAACACUGGUGGACAAGUUGAAUACUUGCAAUAUUUUGAGACCAAAAGCAUGUCUCUUUCAUUAAACAUCCCUCAUGUGGUGCUCCAAUGGAGCUCCAAGCAACACAACAACAUGCCUGUGAUUGGACUUGGCACAGCUUCAUCUCCCUCUCCUAAUGAUACAAAAGUGGCAGUGUUGGAGGCUAUAAAACUUGGUUACAGGCACAUUGAUACUGCUUCAGUGUAUGGCUCAGAGCAGCCUCUUGGAGAAGCUAUAGCUGAAGCACUUCAACUUGGCCUCAUAGCCUCUAGAGAUGAACUCUUCAUUACUUCCAAGCUCUGGUGCACUGAUAAUUUUCCUCAUCUUGUUGUUCCUGCACUCAAUAAAACACUUCAGUCUUUGAAGUUGGAAUAUUUGGAUCUUUAUUUGGUUCACUGGCCCAUUGCUGUAAAACCUGGAAAUUGGGAGUUUCCUUAUCCUGAAGAGGCUCUAGCCUCAUUUGACUUAGAAGGUGUGUGGAAACAAAUGGAGGAAUGCCAAAAGCUUGGCCUUACAAAAUGUAUUGGAGUUAGCAACUUCAGUCGUAAAAAACUAGAAAAUCUUCUCUCUUUUGCUACUAUUCCUCCUUCUGUUAAUCAAGUUGAGAUGAAUCCUACUUGGCACCAAAAAAAGUUGAGAGAAUACUGCAAAAAUAAAGGUAUAAUCAUAACUGCAUACAGUCCUUUGGGAGCAGCUGGGACCUUUUGGGGUUCCAAUGAUGUUUUGGAGAAUGAAUUGCUCAAGGAAAUUGCUGAGGCUCAUGGCAAAUCUGUUGCUCAGGUAUCUCUUAGAUGGUUGUAUGAGUUAGGGAUAACUAUUGCAGUGAAGAGUUACAACAAGGAGAGAAUGAAGCAAAAUUUAGAAAUAUUUAAUUGGUCACUUACAAAAGAUGACUAUGAAAAGAUUGAUCAAGUCAAGCAACAUAAGUUGAUGAGCAAUGGACCAGCAAAAUUCGUUCCCGAUCUUUGGGAUGAAGAAAAUUAAUACAAUAUUAUGAAUGUUAUCUACAAUACCAUUGCAAAACAUUAGAUUUUGUUGCACUUUUAUCCGAUAUAUCAUAAAUUUUAGG